CUUCUUAGUAUUUCAAGUGAAUACAUCUGUAUUGGCCCAGUUUAAGAAUCAUCCUGAUUACGAUGCACCCUUUGUCAUAGAGCAAUGUUCUCUGCCCCUCUGCGCUGUGCUGACACCUAACCGAGCCGGACGCAGCGAUGCGUACCCUUCUUAUUGAUAACUAUGACAGUUAUACAUACAAUUUAUUUCAAGUAAUUGCUGAAGUGGAUGGAGAGAUACCUCUGGUCUGCUACAAUGAUAAGAUUUCAUUGGGCCAAAUUGUGUCUAUGGUCGAAGCUGGUACAAUUCACAGCAUCGUCAUAUCGCCUGGCCCCGGCACGCCGAGUAACCCCAGCGACAUAGGCGUUUGCCUGGAUGUACUGCAGCACCUGCCCCAGGUGCCUAUCCUGGGCAUAUGUCUGGGCCACCAGGCGCUAGCGCUGGCGCACGGGGCCGCCGUGGUGGCGGCUCCGGAGCCGGUGCACGGCCGCGUGAGCCGCCUGCGACACAGCGGCCACAAGCUCUUCCGGGACAUUCCCUCGGGGGAGGGGUUCGAGGUGGUCAGGUACCACUCGCUGCUGGUGGACGAGCGCUCGCUGCCCGCCUGCCUGCAGCCCGUGUGCUGGACGGCGGGAGGCCACUGCGCGGUCAAGCUGGCGCGCGACGAGGCGGCCCCCGCGCCUGCGCCAGCAGCAGCUGAGGGCACCCCUGAGGGAGGGGAUGAACACGCAGCCCAUGAAGCCGGCAGGCCACAACAGCACCAGCACCACCAGCAGCAUGGGUUACAGCAGCCUCAAACCCAGCAGCGGCACCAGCAGCAGGACCCCUCAGGCGUCUGCAGCACCUCCUCGCCCCCCUCCUCAUUGCUGAUGGGUCUGGCGCACCGCUCCCGGCCGCACUACGGGGUGCAGUUCCACCCCGAGUCGGUGGCCACGAGGUACGGCAUCGCGCUGCUGCGGAACUUCCGAGAUCUGGCGGUACGGCACAUCCGGCAGCACGGCGGCCCGGCGGCGGCGCAGCUGCCACCAGCCAGGCCUGUAUGCGACAUCGCAGGGCCGCCGGGUCGCCUGCCCGCGCUGCCCGCCUGGCCCUCCCCCUCGCACCAAGCGGGCGCCCCGCUGCGGCUGGCGUGGGUGCGGCUGCGGGGGCUGCUGGCGCGGCUGCCGGGCGGCAGUGAGGCGCUGUUUGAGCUGCUGUACGGAUGGGGGCACGACACGUGGUGGCUGGACAGCGCCGCCAGCGACCGCGGGCGCUUCUCCUACAUGGGCGGUCGCGGCGGCCCGCUGUGGCGCAAACUCACCUACAAGCUACCACCACCACCGCAGCAGCAGCAGCAGCACCAAGAGCAGCAGCAGCCACAGCACCCGGCUGCGGAUGCCCAGCUUAGCUCCAGCACUGCAAGCCUGCCAGCGGCCCUGACUGCACCACCACCACCAGUACCACCAACACCGCUACUUGAGCAACCCGAGGGCCGUACGGCCGGCUGCACAGGCGCCGAGGAGGCGUCGCAGCCGCCAGGCCCUCUCUCCUCUCCCCCCAGCGCUGACGCUCCGGCGUCCCCGCCCGCCGCUCUUUCUGCUGAACCACCGCGCACCUGCUAUCACGACCAACACCAGCCGCACCCACAGCACCACAACCAGAUAGCAACCGGGCGGAGCUGCGGCACCGCUUCCGCCGCAUGUAGCCGGGGCCCUAGCGGCACCUGCGGUAGCAGCAGCACCGCUGGCGCCGGUGGAGGCUGUAGCUGUAGAGGUGGCAGCAGCGACGGCGUCGCACCCUGCACACCCACCUCCGCCUCCUGUUCCUCCUCAUCCUCCUCCUCCGCAGCCACCGUCCCCUCAUCAAGCCUCGCACUCUCCUCCUCCUCCACAUCCUCCUCCACCUCCACCGCACCCCAACCACACCCCACCUCCCGUUCUCCCCCCACCUCCACUCCCCCUCCUCCUCCCCUCCCGCCCGGCACACUCACCCUCGAAACCCCGGACGGCCGCACCACCCGCCACCCCGCCCCCUCCGGCCUGCUCGCCUACCUGCAGCACCUCCUCGCCCGCCAGCGGCUGCUAGUAGAGCCCCAUGCAGCCGCGCAGCUGCCCUUCAACUUCUGGGGCGGCCUAGUGGGCUAUCUAGGCUACGAGCUGAAGGCGGAGUGCGGGGCGGCGCACGCGCAUGCAGCCACCACCCCGGACGCGGUGCUGUACCUGGCUGACCGGCUGGUGGCGGUGGACCAUGCGGAGGGGGAGGUGUUCUUGUUGGCGCUGUACGACAGCGGGGAGGAGGAAGACAGGGAAGGGGAGAGGGAAGGAGGAAGGGGGCAGGCUGGGGAGGAGCAGGCGCGGGCGUGGCUGCAGGAGACGCAGAGGCGGUUGGAGGAGGCGGCUGAGGGGGUUGCAGCCGAGCGGUGUUCCGGGCCGGGGCAUGGCAGAUCGGAGCCACGUCCACAGGCUGCUGAGGCUGCUGCCGGGAGCUGCAUGCAGCCGGGAUGCCAGCGGAGCUGCUCAUCACACCCCGCAGACUGCACCACCUCCUCGUCCUACUCCUCCAACUGCUGCUGCUGCCACCCCACGCCCUCCUCCACAGCCGCUCCUCCCACUGCUGCGGUUACACCCCAACCCCAGUCUCCCUCCUGCCUCCUCCACCCAGCCCAGCACCCGCAAGCGCCUGCAACUGUGACGUCCGCAACCCCCCCGCUCCCUCCCGCCUCACCCCUCCCUGCGCCUCCUGCCUCCUCGUCCCGCCCUGUGGUUCCCUUCCGUCUGGCGCACGGUCGCGAGGCCUACCUGCGCAACGUGGGCAGCUGCCAGGCGGCGCUGCACGCGGGGGAGAGCUACGAGGUGUGCCUCACCACGGCGCUCACACGCCCCGCCGCACUGCACCCUCCGCAGCUCUACCGCACGCUGAGGAGGCUGAACCCGGCGCCGUACGCGGCGUGGCUGCAGUGUGGGCCGGCAGGACCCACCAUCUGCUGCUCCUCCCCGGAGCGCUUCCUGCGGGGCGACCGGGGCGGGCUGCUGGAGGCGCGGCCCAUCAAGGGCACCGCCGCCAGGGUGGCGGCCGACCCAGUCGCUGACGCCGCUGCGGCCGCGGAGCUGGCGGCCUCUGAGAAGGAGCGCGCGGAGAACCUCAUGAUUGUGGACUUGCUGCGGAAUGACCUGGGUCGCGUGUGCGAGAUCGGCAGCGUGCACGUGCCGGGGCUGAUGGACAUCGAGUCGUACGCCACGGUGCACCAGAUGGUGUCCACCGUGCGGGGGGUGCGGCGCGAGGGCAUGAGCGUCGUGGACUGCAUCCGGGCGGCCUUCCCGGGCGGGUCCAUGACAGGUGCUCCCAAGGUGCGCACCAUGCACAUCAUCGACGCCCUGGAGGGCCGAGCACGCGGGGUGUACUCGGGCUGCAUCGGCUUCAUCUCUCUCAACGACACCUUUGACCUCAACAUCGUCAUCCGUACAGCCGUCAUCGAGGGACCGGAGGGCGCGCACGCAUUCCAGAGCACCACUACCAACCCCAGCCCGGCGGUUCCCGCGGGCGCGGCGGAGGGGCCGGGUGAUGCACCGGCGCGCAGCAUGACCAUUGGUGCGGGUGGUGCCAUCGUGGUGCAGUCGCAGCCGGUAGCGGAGUAUGAGGAGAUGAGGCUGAAGGCUAGUGCAUUGUUGCGAGCAGUGGG